CUCCUUGCUGACCUGAGAAGAAGAGAUAGUAUACCUCUUCAUGAUAUUAACAGACAUAGAAGUAAAGAUGAGGUUUACAGUUUUCGAAAAUCUAGGAAAUUUAAAAACUUUCAUCCAGGAAAUUACGAGCCCAAACCGACAAUGCGAACCUUGUUGGAUUAAUAACUCUUGUUUGUGUCAAUCGAGGUUUUUAAUUUUGUUCGAGUCUUGCUCAGACUCAUGUGGUAUACUGGAGGAAUUUAAAGCCCGUCGGGAGUUCUUAUCAAGAAAGGUAAUUGACAUUAUUGAGAACAUCCAACCGCUGGAAAGUAAGAAAUAUGGCGAAAUCGGUUGGAUAUCACUACAAACAAAUUCACGAGAAUGUAAUGCAAUUAAGAUAUUAAAUUCAAGGAGAUGAACAUAUAAAACUGCAAUAUUGCAAUGUACUGGUUUUUAUUUAAUCUAUGUUUUUGGUAACUUAUUUUAUUAUGUAUUUUAAAUAUAUGGUCACCGAGUUUCUAAUUAUUACUCUCUGUGUUGUGGGAUAAAAUGGUAGUGCUGCGUUCCAAAUUCUCUUCUGUAAAAUUGCGUUGUUACCAGAAACCAAUAAAACAUUGAAACAAACACGAUUUGUUAUUUAUAAAUCGUUUUUUAAUACGAC